UCAUUAGUAUUCGAUGACUGCAGGAAAGAGGACGAAUGGAAGAUAAUUCUUUUAGAUGAUUACACUACUAGAUUACUGUCGCUGUGCUGCAAAAUGACUGAUCUGCUGUCAGAGGGUAUCACAGUGGUGGAGAAUGUAUAUAAAAACCGUGAGCCUGUCCCACACAUGAAAGCAAUAUAUUUAAUAACUCCCACCAAAAAGUCUGUAGAUGGACUUAUUGAUGACUUCAUCACUAAAUCAUCCAGCAGAUACAAAGCAGCAUAUGUGUAUUUCACUGACUUUUGUCCUGACAACCUCUUCAAUAAAAUUAAGUCUUCCUGUGCAAAAUCAAUAAGGAAGUGCAAGGAGAUCAACAUUUCCUUCUUCCCAUAUGAGUCUCAGGUAUUUACUCUCAGUGUCCCAGAUGCAUUCUACCGCUGUUAUAGUCCAACUCUGGAAAAGACAAAGGAUAAAGACACUGUAAUGCAAGUAAUGGCUGAGCAAAUUGUUACCUUAUGUGCCACGCUAGAUGAGAAUCCAGGAGUACGGUAUAAAAGUGGACCAUCUGAUAGAGCCAGCAAACUUGCACAACUUGUUGAAAAAAAUCUUGAAAACUACUACAAAACUGAUGAGAAAAGCCAAAUAAAGGCUAAAACCCACUCCCAACUAAUAAUAAUUGAUCGUGGCUUUGACCCAGUGUCAACUGUACUUCAUGAACUCACCUUCCAGGCGAUGGUGUAUGAUCUGCUACCGAUUGAAAAUGAUACUUACAAAUACAAAACAGAAGGACCUUCUGGGAAGGAACGGGAGGCAAUUCUGGAGGAAGAUGAUGAACUCUGGGUGAAGAUUCGGCACAAGCAUAUUGCAGACGUGAUAGAGGAAAUACCAAAGCUUUUGAAAGAAAUUUCAUCCAAAAAAAAAGCAACAGAUGGAAAGUUAUCGAUAUCUGCUCUGUCCCAGUUAAUGAAAAAGAUGCCGCACUAUCGUAAAGAGAUUAGUAGGCAAGUUGUCCACCUUAACUUAGCAGAAGAUUGCAUGAGCAAGUUCAAAUCUAACGUAGAAAUGCUCUGUAAAAUUGAACAGGACUUGGCUCUUGGAACUGAUGUAGAAGGUCAAAAAGUCAAAGACUCAAUGAGAGUCCUUCUUCCAGUUCUGCUCAAAAAAAGUCAUGAGAGCUAUGACAAAAUUAGAGCUAUUCUCCUGUACAUCUUUAGCACAAAUG